AUGGGCGAAAAAUCAACACCAGCCCGCACCCCCGCGAGGAUACCGUCGACGGCGAAGAAAGCCCCCUCAACGGGCAAGCAGCAGAGCAUUCUCGGCUUUUUCUCGAAGCCGGGGAAUGGCCCUUCACCAUCCACGAAGCCGGCAUCCACGAGCAAGAAGGAUGCAUCGCCACAAUGCCUCAAGGAAACCACCCGGGCCAAUUCGAUGCUCGCGAGGCGAACCGCGGCUGUGACCCCAGUUCCCAGCAGCGACGCCAUCGAGCCCAGCAGCUCCCAGGAGAAUAGAGAUACAAGUAUUGUCAAGAAACCAACGGUUAGCGUUACCGACACCAACCUACCGAGCAGCCCCACCCGAAAGGCUAAGAAGGUUGUGAGCUACGCCGAAUCCUCAGAUGAAGACGACGACGACGCCAUCUUUGCGACAUUGAAAACUAGACGCGCUAAACAACGCCGGUCGCGCGUCGCGGUUUCCGACGAUGACGACGCAGACACAUACGAGGCUGAAGUGAAUGAGCUGGAAGAUGAUGACGAUGAUAUGGGAGACUUUGUCGUUUCUGACGAAUCCGAUGCGCCCUCCAAAUCGAAAAAGAGGAAGCGGGCAGCAACCAAGCUCGCGGCUCCGCGCAAGAAGACCAACCUGUCAUCUUCGCCUGGGCCCAGCCCGCGGUACUCACCAGAAUGUGACGACGAAAUAAUGCAGGACAUUCCGGCCUCGACGUCAACGGCGCAGAAGUGGAAGUACGAUCCUGAGAAUAUUGAGCCUGUCGAUCCUGCGUCUAGAGUCCCGGCCCCAAAAUCGAAAGCGCCAUCGGGCCCGAAACCGAAACCAAAACCGCACACCAAAGAACCCGAAGAGCGGUAUCCGUGGCUAGCCAACAUCCUAGACAGCAACAAAAAUCCGCCCGGGCACCCCGAUUUUGACCCAACCUCCAUCUACAUCCCUCCAUUGGCAGAGCGUGGGUUCUCGGCGUUUGAGAAGCAGUACUGGGACAUCAAAAAGAAGCUUUGGGAUACUGUUGUGUUCUUCAAGAAGGGCAAGUUCUAUGAACUCUACGAGAACGAUGCCACCAUUGGGCAUCAACUUUUUGACCUCAAGUUGACGGACCGCGUCAACAUGCGCAUGGUCGGCGUGCCCGAGAGCUCACUAGAUAUGUGGGUGAAUCAAUUCGUGGCCAAGGGUUUCAAGGUCGCGCGCGUCGACCAGAUGGAGUCUGCCUUGGGCAAGGAGAUGCGCGAGCGUGACAACAAUGCUAAGAAAGUGGACAAGAUCAUUCGCAGGGAGCUCGCAUGCAUCCUGACGGGCGGCACCCUGGUGGAUGGGAGCAUGCUGCAAGACGACAUGGCUACCUACUGUGCGGCCAUUAAGGAGUCGAUCAUCGACGACAAACCGGCGUUUGGCAUUGCGUUUGUCGAUGCCGCAACCGGCCAGUUCUUCCUCUCUGAAUUUGAAGACGAUGUCGACCUGACCAAGUUCGAGACCUUCGUUGCUCAAACAUCGCCGCGGGAGCUACUCAUUGAGAAGUCUCGUCUCUCCACCAAGGCCCUACGCAUUCUCAAGAACAACACGGGCCCCACCACCAUUUGGAACUAUCUCAAGCCAGGAACUGAAUUUUGGGACGCUGACCUUGCCCGACGCGAACUGGAAUGCAGCCGGUACUUUGCCUCGGAAGAUGGAGAAGAUGAGGUGUGGCCACAGCAGCUGAGCGAGGUGAAGGACAAGGAUUUAACCAUGUCGGCCCUUGGGGGCUUGACUCACUACCUCCGUAUCCUGAAGCUCGAUCAAAACCUGCUCUCGCAGGGCAACUUUGCGUGGUACAACCCCAUCCACCGAAACGGCACCUUGAUCCUGGACGGGCAGAGCCUGAUCAAUCUCGAAAUCUUUGCCAACACCGCCAAUGGAGGCUCCGAAGGGACUCUAUUCAAUCUUCUCAACCGUUGCAUCACCCCAUUUGGUAAACGCCUAUUCCGGCAAUGGGUUUGCCACCCACUCUGCAACACCCGGAAGAUCAAUGAGCGGCUUGAUGCGGUUGAUAUGUUGAACGCCGACCGGAGCAUUCUGCAGCAGUUCUCUUCCCAGAUGGCCAAGAUGCCAGACCUCGAGCGCCUGAUUUCUCGCAUUCACGCCGGUGCUUGCCGGCCUGAGGACUUCGUCCGGGUGCUGGAAGGAUUCGAACAGAUUGACUACACCAUGGGUCUGUUGAGUGCGUUUGGCGGGGGCAACGGGCUGGUUGACAAGCUCAUUGCGUCUAUGCCUAACCUGAAGGAGCCUCUUGGCUAUUGGGAAACUGCCUUCGACCGGACCAAGGCUCGAGAUGGCAAACAGCUCAUUCCCGAACGAGGCAUUGAAGAAGACUUUGACAACAGCCAGGAUGAGCUGGAACGCAUCAAGGGGGAGCUGCAUGACCUGUUGAAUAAACAGAAGUCUGCCCUGAAAUGCAAGACCGUCAAGUUCACCGACGUGGGUAAGGAGAUUUACCAGAUGGAGGUGCCCAAGUCCGUCAAGGUUCCCUCGAGCUGGCGUCAGAUGUCUGCUACAGCAGCCGUUAAGCGGUACUACUUCCGAGAGCUGGAGGAUCUCGUCCGUGAGCUCCAUGAGACCGAGGAGACACACUCCCAGAUUGUCAAGGAGGUGGCUGCGCGGUUCUUCAGCCGGUUCGACAUCGACUACGAGGUAUGGCUGCAGGCGAUCCGUAUCAUUUCUCAGUUGGACUGCCUGAUCAGCCUGGCCAAAUCGUCAUCCGCCAUCGGCAUCCCAAGCUGUCGCCCGACGUUUGUGGACGACGAACGAAGCGUGGUGAAGUUCACAGAGCUGCGGCACCCGUGUAUGAUGAACAAUGUCGCCGACUUUAUCCCCAAUGACAUCAACCUUGGUGGUGACGAGGCUAAAAUCAACCUGCUAACCGGUGCUAACGCGGCCGGUAAAUCGACCGUUCUUCGCAUGUCCUGCAUCGCCGUGAUCAUGGCACAAAUCGGCUGCUACGUCCCGGCCACCUCGGCCAUUUUGACCCCCAUCGACCGCAUCAUGUCCCGUCUCGGCGCCAACGACAACAUCUUCGCAGCCCAAAGCACCUUCUUCGUCGAGCUCUCCGAAACCAAGAAGAUCCUAGCUGAAGCCACCCCGCGUUCCCUCGUCAUCCUCGACGAGCUCGGCCGCGGCACCUCGUCCUACGACGGCGUCGCCGUCGCCCAGGCCGUGCUGCACCACGUAGCCUCGCACAUUGGCUGCGUCGGCUUCUUCGCCACGCACUACCACAGUCUCGCGGCCGAAUUCGCGCACCACCCCGAGAUCCGGGCGCGGCGCAUGCAGAUCGAUGUCGACGAGGCGCGCCGGCGUGUCACGUUCUUGUACCGCCUCGAGGACGGUGUGGCCGAUGGCUCGUUUGGUAUGCACUGCGCGGCCAUGUGUGGGAUCCCAGGCCGUGUGAUUGAGCGUGCGGAGGUGGCGGCGCGUGACUGGGAGCACACGAGCCGGCUCAAGGAGAGUUUGGAACGCGCCAAGACGGGGUGUUAUAUCCCGUUGGGCGUGCUCAGUGAUGUGGCCAGUUUGUUGGGACGGGAGGGGGCUAGGGGUGAAGACGGUGUGGGGGAGAGAGGGAUGGAGGUACUGUUGAAGGCUAUUGAGGCGCUUUGA